CCAGCCUUCUUCGUCUUCCCCCACAAGCCCUUCUCGAACGCCUUUUGGUCCUUCAGUGUUGUCAAGCUGCUAGCUUUCGCCCCCAGCGGCGCCAGCGCCUCCGCGCUCUUUGGUCUAUAGUACUUCGCGAGGACGCGAUGCCCUUCGCUGUCCAUGAUGAUGAAGGCGGAGAUCGUGUAGAGCGUAAGAUUCAUGAUAGUUGGAGGACGAUGAAGAUGGCGGGGAGUACGGCGCGUCGGGGGAUACGGUAUGAGGAGGACGGGACGCGAGGCGCGUAGACACGUCGUGGGGGAAAACAAGGGACAACACGUGGAUAGCGCCACAAAUGGCGCGCGGCUGGCACCCGCGACUCGACAGUUAUCCCAGGGCGCAUCGGCGUUGACAAUGGCUUGCUUCGCUCUCACUCGCACUGGCAUCCACGCCCUGUCCCGUGCCCUCCGCCCAGGCUCGGAUCCGGCUCCCCCUGCGAACGCUUGGUGGCGUGCUCCCGAAAUAGACGGAUCGCACGUCACCGCGCUCGCUGCCCGGCUACCUUCCUGUUUCGACGCGUGACGGAGGGAUGGUUGUUUGGGAGGUGUUCGCCAACUUCAUCUUUUUGGUGUGCUCAGGGCGGCGUCGGGAUCUUGCUGCUGACUUCGGAUGAAGACUGGUUAGUCGUACCAAGUGAAUGUAAUACUUUCUGUUUAUACACUCUCCUCGUCCUCUGCUCUCCUCACCCACUGUCCUCUCGCCGUCCUCCUCUUCCGCUCUCCGUCUUACGUCUCAGCUCACCGACGCUGUGACCUUAUCGCCGAG